AUGGCUGCAACGAUGCACGCGAAGAUCAAUCGGAGAAAGCUAGACAAGCUCAACAUCAUCAAAAUCUGUGAAGAGAUCUUAAAUCCAUCAGUUCCAAUGGCUCUGAGACUCUCUGGAAUUCUCAUGGGUGGAGUUGUGAUUGUUUACGAACGAAAAGUAAAAUUACUUUAUGAUGAUGUAACUCGUCUUCUGGUGGAAAUAAACGAAGCAUGGAAGGUGAAAGCUGCUACAGACCCAACGCUCCUCCCCAAGGGCAAAUCUCAGGCCAAGUAUGAAGCUGUUACUUUGCCUGUGAAUCGUGAGGAAGAGCUUGGAGAGAUUGAGCAGUCCCGUGGAUUUUCUACCGAAACCACCAUGAUGGGUUUUCAACAAACAGCCUAUUUUGCAAUGCUUUAUGGUUACAAAUUUAUCCUUCAACCUCUCUGUGGCGUGCAGCGACUGGAUAAUGUGGAUGAACCUUGUGUCGACAACAACAACAAUCACAGGGAAGAAGAAGAUCCACCACAAAAUUACCAUCAAGUUGAUGCUGCUAAUAUCACAUUGUUCGAACGUUUUGACCCAUAUCAGGCAGAUACUGAUACCUACAGCCGCUUUGAAAGGUUCGAUAUUGAAGGAGAUGAAGAGACGCAGUUGAAUUUCAGUCAACAACAGGACGCAGAAAUCCCAAGUACUCUAAUACCCUCCCCACCUCCUCCUGAGGAGCCUCAAAAACCUGAUGAAAUCCACGAUCAGCAUCCUGAAGACCAAUUCAAUCAGCAAUCUGAUGAAGUCAAGGACCUCCAGGAGAAUCAACAGAGGCAAGGCCCAUCACGAAAGAGAGCAAGAAAACCAGCAAGCUUUGUUAUGGAUUAUGAACAAACUAUCAUCCCUGGUCACAUAUAUCAGUCUUGGCUUCAAAAUGCUUCAGAUAUGGUCUCAAGAAGGGGGAGAAAGAGAAGGUGCUUGAAUUCCAUGUCUACUAUGAAGAUAGCCAACCUCAUGGAACUGCCUCCCGUGGUGCUAAUUUGUGGUUUAUUUGAUACUGGAAAUAGAGAAAUCUAUUAUCCGGCACCUCUCUUGGAACUAUGGAUGAGAAGUACUCAGCCUCCCCAUGAUUCACCUCCUGGGACGAUCUCCCCACCCCAGCCCCCUGAACCGUCAUCAUCAUCACCACCAGAAAGGGUACAUUAUCAAGAUCCAUUGGAAUUCCCUUUUGAAGAAAUUCACAGUGGAGUUGGCUCACAAUCAUUGGGGGUUUCAGUAGAGAAGCAAAGGACAGUUAUCAAUGACAACGAUAUUCCGAGUGAGAUCUUUGUGGGGGAGCUAAGAACCAAUCCUAUGAACAAUGGGAUGGUCACGCCAGGAAAUUCUGGAGACGAAGUAAGAUCCAUCCCCAGCUCAGGAUCCGGACAUGGUUUCUUGUCAAAUAAUUCAGAAGUCAAUUCAGGCCGAUCCAACAAGAAAAGGCCUUUUUCUUCAUCUAGACACAGUGGGAGUGGCCUGGAACCGGUAGCUGAAGAGUAUCCAUGGCAACAAACUGAUCCAAAUUUCAAGUUAGCAAGACUGUCUGAAAAUGGCCUGGCACCCGAGAAUGAUCUUUUGGUGGAGACUGGACCUACACAAACGCAGCAUCCAAUUAUUAAUCAACCUACUGACCACAUAACUGAAACCAUCAGAAUGCAGCUGAAGACGCAUUUUGACACACCAGGAUCGGCUCAAAUAGAAUCCUUGAAUCAGCUGGCCUUGGGAAUGAACAGAAAAAGGGCAGCCCAUCUCUUUUAUCAGACUUGUGUUCUCGCUUCUCGUGAUUUCGUUAAAGUUGAGCAAAGGGUGCCAUAUGGAGACAUUCUCAUCUCUAGAGGAGCAAAGAUGUGACAAUGGUAAGUGGCACCUCAGAGUCAUUAAAGAAUUUGCGUCAUCUCUCUUUUGCCUUCAGAUGGAUAUCACGCAUACAGAAUUUAAUUUCUAAUACAGCUUCUUGUGAUUUUCAAAAAUAGGAUUAUUCAGGAAGAUAUAUUUAGCUUGAGAGUAUAGGAAAAGGAAUUGAGAAGAGUUCUAUGUGCUUUCUAGAUUUAUUCUGCUGUAACCAGAAUAUCAGUAUCGUUAGAAUAUCAGUAUCGUUACCUUCUUGCAUCUUCGAGCUGACACACACAUAUAUAUUACUAUUGCCCUUCACUGCAAUUUAUUAGCAAAUAUUGUAAUGAGAUAAUUAGAGUUUCACUAUGCAUACAUUCUUCUUUUGUAUGAACUACGAAGGGAAUUGUUUUUUUUAUUCCCAAUGUUUAAUGUACCGCAGAGGAUGCUUGCUCGAUAUAA